UGGACCACCAAAGCAGUAGAGUUAUAUAGGGGUAUUAUACGACGAAAAAGUAAUUAAAGUAGGUAGUGGGAGUAUUUUUGCCAAAAACUAUAUAUCAUCAAACCGCCCCGAGGACAUAUCUAACGUGUCUUUUAAUGCUCCGAAAAAUAAUCGAAUAAUACUUUUUUUCUCUUCCAUACGAAGGUUAUAAUUACGUACGGGAUGACAUCAAGAGACGUUCAUUUUUGUUGUAUUCCAUAUGAAAAAAAUAUCAUUAGCGGUCGACAAGAAAAAAAUAAAAUAAAAUAUAUAGGAGGACGAUUACAAAGAGGCCUGUCCAAUUAGCGUCUACGUUCCGAGGAUACGACCGAUAAUAUCGUCCGAGGGUCGACAGUUUCAGCUGCAUUCCACAGACAUUAACAUCUUUCGACCUGACGUUUCAAUACUAAUUAUCAUACUAAUAAAAUAGCAUUAUAAAAACGGAGGAGAAAAUACCAAUAGAGAGGUUGGUACAACCCAUACGCAGUUGACGAUGGACAUCACUAUAGUCACUACUACGUCGUUAAACGAUCGCAAUAAUUUUUAUUUUGAAUCACUGACUGAAAUUGAACAAGCCCCUCCAAAAUUAACAAGCAAUCAAAAAAUUGAUAUCAAACAGACGUGGCUCUGCGUCGUAGACUUGUUGCCUUUGGUGUAUGAUGGCACUAGUGAUGAAGCGGAGACACGUGUCAAGGUGUGCGGACAGUACCCGUUGAAGGCGAUCGGUGAACGCAAUCAGAAUUUGCUGUCGGAAGCCGCGCACCUGAACGCGACCAUUUCGUGUCCGGCCGGACUGAGUCGGAUUGGGUCGACUACGCCAAACAACGUGCUGAACAUCACCAUGCAUGGCCUGUACAAUCCAUCGUUGAGCGGCCAUCGGCGUCACACUCACGGCCCGGACACCACGUGUUCGGCCAUAUUGCACGUACCCUCGGCCAUCGACUCGGAAAUCCAUAGCUCUGUAUUUGAGCGUGGAACAUACACGGACGUAACAAGGGACGUAAACGAUCUGCGAUGGUUCAGCUUGGAUAACAUGCCAGCAACCGUAUCCACCACGGGUCAGAGGUUUGAGGAAUACAAUGGUGUAGAUGUGAAUUCGGCAAAAAUUCCCAAUCCAAAAGACGUACUGUUCAAAGGGCCCAGAUUCGAAUGGAAUCUAUGGAACCGAUUUCUCUUGAACGAAAUAUCGUCGUAUGCAUUACAAGACUUCAUUUUCAAACAAAGAUAUCUACUUGUCACAUUUGUAUUUAACGAAAACAACCCCAUGAUGGUUAACAAUACUAAUAAAUUGUCCACGCGGGCAUCAAAUACCUCAUCAAAUGCGAGCAACAAGAAUGAAGUUGUAUUUGUAGCCUUUUUGGACUUGUCGAUGUUGCUACAGCCAAACUGCACUGCAAUAAGAUGUUUGUCCAUCGUUCAUAAUAUUGACGUAGAAAUUGUAAAACAAAACGAAUUGUCAUUCAAAAACUUUGACCUUGGUAAACUUAUAAAGACAAAUAUCGAAGAAGAUUUGAAAAAGUCUAGAUCUAGAAUACCAGCGCUAGAAACGUCUGACAGGGGAGGAGUGACCAGUCAAAUAGCAACCGAAUGGACAUUUCCUUUUGUAGUCGUUGACAUUUCCGUGGCUUAUUCACUUUACGAUCAGUAUUUAAAAUAUUUAACAACAAGUCAGAUCACUCUGAUGCAGACGAAUCUUAUUCCUGAAAGCCCGCAAGAUGUAAUAUGUAACCAGUCAAAGUUAAAUAAGUAUCGAGAAACUUUAAAAAACAUCAUAGAAACGUUGAUAAAUAACUCGGAGACAAUUAAUGAUCAAAACAGUGUAGAAAGAUACGUUAACGAACUUAAAAUGUCUGGAACUUACGAGUCAAUGCAUUCGUCGUUGUUCGGCGAAAUCCAAUUGUAUAUUCGAGACAACCACGGAGGUCCAUUGAUAGGUGAAACGACUCAGAGUUUAGUAAAUCGUAUUUUCGCGGAUCUGGUGGACAAAAUGAAGAAAGCAGUGGAAUCGUUCGAGUUUCCGCAAUCUGACGGUGUUGAUAACUUAUUACAAUUUGAUCGUGUGAUCGUUUACGCCAGAGAAGCGGACGAGAUGGAACAGGCGGAACGUGCCAAAAUAUUUUACUUUGACAUUAUUUUUGUAUGCCGCAAUACAGUUGACCAUUCACGAGGACAACAACAAUGGCGAAAUCAUGUUGAAAUCUUUGAUAAUGAGUCACGGAGACUUCAGCGAAGUGUACGCCUUGCUCAGUGUUCACUAUUCAAUACUGAACAUGUAUGA